CAGCCCAGAAGUCGUCGAUAGAAACAUGGACAAGAUAUCUAAGAUAGAAAAUUUAACAGAAGAUAAAAUUGAAGAAUACAGAGAGGCAUUCAAACUGUUUGACAAAGACGGAAAUGGCUCUAUCACGACAGGGGAGUUAAUAACAAUACUAAAAAACUUGGGACAAAACCCCACGGACGCCGAAAUUCACGAAAUCGUCACGGAAGUGGAUGCCGAUGGCAAUGGCGACAUUGACUUUCCUGAAUUUUUAUUACUGAUGUCAAAGAGAGAAAAGGAUGAAGAGACUGAAGACGAUUUGUUAGAAGCUUUCAGAGUGUUUGACCGGGAUGGCGAUGGUCACAUCAGUACAACAGAACUAAGAAUGGUGAUGUUGAAUCUUGGGGAAAAAAUGAGUGAGGAGGAGGUGGAGAACAUGAUGAAAGAAGCAGAUGAAGAUGGCGACGGCCAAGUCAAUUAUCAAGAAUUCGUCAAGAUGAUGACAAAUAGAGAGUAG